AUGAAUUCCACUGUCGAUCCAAAAUUCCAGGAGGCUUUCUCUUUCAUUCAGAGCGAAUACCUGCCACAUCCUCUGGGGAAAUUUCUACGUUCCUUUAUUGCGAAUGCGUUGAACCCUGCUUCCGCCGCCACUCAUGUCCUCAGUCACUGUCGGCAGGGUCAACACAGUAAGGCUCAUCUUCUUGCCCUUAUUUCAGAUUGGACAUUUAUCGUAGAGUCAAUUACAAAAUACGGGACUACACCACCUGCCCCCGACAGCAGAACCCAAGCUCAAAUUAUAAGGAGAGAUGGAAACCGCUGCUGCAUUACAGGCAAGCCAGGGAGCUUGAAGGACCCCUUGGUAGUGAUGCCCGUUAUUCUCGCGCCAUCCCGCUGGCUUGAAGCCGAGCCGAGAGUCCAUGAAAUGCUUCGAGCUUUCUUCAGCCCCCUUACCUCGAUUGAUCCCAUCGAUAGCCACUGGCUUGUGUGCAGGUCAGCCGCCGAGGCUUACAGGAAUGGGCUGGUAAAGCUGCAUCGGCUGCAUCCAUCAAUGACCGAAUACAGAGUUGUUUGGUGUUUGAUUGGCACUGUAGGACCAAUGAUCGAUGUCGAUGGCCAAUAUCCCCUUCUUGGAGACCACUCACGCUCGGGGAUACGCAAGGUAGACGCACGUUUCAUCGGGACCCAAGGCCGCUUGGCCUCGAGCAUGCGAUGGCUGGAGGUCAAGAAGAAAAUCGUGGAUAACGAAACAGUGGUAGCUCAGGCAGGGAUACAACCUUUAGCUUCCAGACCAAGUUUCGUAUCCGCUGUAUUCCAGAUGUGCCGCACAAUCUUCUGGCAAGCUUGGCUCCUAGCCCCCCCAUUCAUUCGAUUAUCUACAUACAAAGUAUUGCGAAAGAUGGUUUCCCAUCUUUAUGGAAGCACAAGUUCCUUGGCAGUUAGCCGUCUGCCUUUCGGUCUUUACCUGAAGGCCACAAACGAAGGGGCUUCCAAUGAGUCCAAUGCGCUUGGGCUUGUUCACAAGUACACUUCCGCACCAGUACCUCUUGUGCUGGAUCUGGUAGCAGACUCGCGAAAUACGUAUCUCUUGACGACCGGUCUUCGCGGUGAGCCACUCUCCAGAGCAAUGGAUAUGCUCUCCGAUCGAGAUUGCCACGAUUUCAUCGACCAAAUGCAAAGCUACAUUUCCCAAAUCCGAGCAAUCCCCUCCGUUGAUACCAGGAACUACAUAUGCAAUACUCUGGGUGAAGCAUGUCGCGACCCAAGAAUUCGAGAUGGCAAUCCCAUUGGCCCUUUCGAGGACGAAGCUUCUUUCAGUCAAUAUCUUCGCCAUCCAGAUGACCCUGCCCGGAGAGGUCAUCAAAUUGUAUUUACCCAUGCUGAUUUGAAUCUGCGAAACAUCCUGGUGGACAAAGUCACAAAACCAGACGGGACAAGAGGUUGGGCGAUCUCGGGGAUCGUUGACUGGGAAAACAGUGGGUUUUAUCCAGAGUACUGGGACUGUACAAAGGCGCAGUUCGAGGGAUUCAGGUGGGAUGAACGCUGGACUAGAGCUUUGGUCGAAGUGUUCCGUCUAUUCGGAGGUUAUGCGAAGGAGAUUGAAGUUGAGAAGAGGAGUUGGAGUGAAGGCGAUGGCGCGUUUUGA